GGCAGGGAACGUCAAUGCGUCGUCCACAAACGUCAAAACAAAAUUCGUAAUUUUUUGUUACUCUAUUUUUCAUUUCAUUGAUAAAGCAACUAAAUUAGAUUUUGCCAACAUUCAUCUGGAGCCAUGAUUGACCAAGUUUCAGUGCAUUGGAAUAAUUUUGACAUCCAGGAAAGGAAUUUUCUUCCUGUCGGGUGAGCGCGGCUACUGAUGGUGAUGUGCAGUACUGCGGGCAUGGGCGACGCGGCGCUGCGCGAGCGGCUGCCCGCACUGUGGCGGCGCAUCGAGGACGCGCACUACAGCUACCUCGAGACUGAGGACAGCCCCGACAAGAUACAGCAGAGGAAAAAGCUCGAAGGGUAUAUACUAGAAUACCUGUCGCUGGUCCCGCACGAGUGCAAGUUCGGGUUGUCUGAGACGGGCAAGGUGUUCCAGCGCACCAUCAACGAGCUGCCGGACUUCAGCGCGUACCGCGCGGGGCUCGGCUGGGCCGCGCUCGCCCGGUACGCGGCCAACCUGCUCGCGCAGCCCUGGAGGAAGGAGUACCGGGUCAUACGGUUAUACUGCGGGUACUACAAGCACGAGAUAGAAGCGAACAUGGUGGGCGCGGAGACAUUACUUCACGCUAUGGGGUACCGAGCGGCGGGGGCGGGCCGGCUGGCGCUGCAGGGACCAGUGUGCCCCGACACCGCCGCAGCCGUCUCCAGGGACGCCAUCAUUGCACACGUCGAGUGUCAGAUAAUGUGCAGCAUCUGGGAGGCAGCGUGGGGCGGCGGCGCGCGCGUGACGUGGGCCGACGUGUGGCGGCAGCGGCGGGAGGGGGGCAGCUACGUGGAUGGAUCCGAGAUAUACUCCAACAUCCCCGUAACAGUCCAAGACUACAACAGACCGGAGAGUCGGUACCACAACAGUAUGGUGACCCCUUGCAGCCACAUUUGCGACGAGACGCCCAUAGAAGACCCUAUCACCCCCAUGGUCCACCCUUACAUGGUCCCCAACAUGCUCCCCCCACAUAUGAUGUACCCUGUCCCACAACACAUGCCCGAAGUAACACUACCAAAUCCAGUACCAAUCAUGACUCCAUAUGGGGUACCUUAUUACUACCCUGUACAGGCCCCCUACAUGAUCCCCACACCAGUCUACGCUCCUAUAAAACACGCCAACAAUGUGCCUCUCAACGGAUACCCACCCAUGCCACAGUACAGGUACCCAACCGUACCAACAGCACAACUCAUCGAGCUAGACUCUCCUUCUGUAUAUGAGAAUGGCAAGCAUUCGCACAGAGAAGAAGAAAGACACAAGAAGAGACAAGGGGAAAGUUCUAGAAGGGACAGCACAUCGAAAUCAGGAUUCAGUGACAUUUCUCUACCGAGCAUACCCCGAUCCGACACACAACCGGCUCUUAGUAAAGCGAGGGAAGACGGCAUGGGCACUUACGAGAGCUGGGACUACGUAUUUAGAAACUUAUCGAGUAAAGACGACGAAGGCGAUAGAAAUCGGUUCUCUCCCUCCCUCGACAGGGAUUCGAGGACGUUAGAUAGGUUAGACAGAGAGGAAAGGAGAGCGAAGUAUCAACCGACGACGUUAGACUUAGAAGAUGGUUUGCGGGCUUUGAAUCUCGAUAGGACGUUUGACGAGGACGCUUAUAGGACGGCUAAAGUGAAUGAGAACUUGAUGCGAUUGAAGCAGGAACAGGAGAGGAAAGCUAGACAGGUGAAGAAAGCGAGUGAAGGCAAGAGGAAAAUAGAAUCCGUAGGGCAUCCCAAAGCGGAUGCUUUAAUUACUCCGAAAGUAGCGCCGGAUAAAGUGAAAUUGCUGACGAAGAAGGAGAUAAAAGAUAGGAAGGAGGUGAUAAAGCAGCAGAACGGGACGGCGCCGAGCAUGACAGACGUGAGGAAGGUUAAGAAGCCGGCGAAGCUGGUCGGUGAAGUGGAGCGGACCAAGAAGCCAGUGGAGAACGGCCACAGCGUCGCGCACACUUCCAAAGCUAACACGAGUUCAACAGCCCCUUACGACUUGAAAGCGCAACUCAUUGUUUCCCUCGACGAGACAGACGCGAAGCGGUCACCACCCAAAGUCAACGGCGACCGUCCCGUCAGUCGAACGUCCACCCAUGACGUCACACAGGACAAGCGAGAUAGGUGGGAAUGCGCGACUUGCACAUAUUUGAACAAGAACAGUUUACAAGCUUGCGAAAUGUGUGGGAAGUCCCGCAAAGGUCCGGAAAUUCAACCGUUGACGUCCGGGGGUCGGGAAUGUCCCGCAUGUACGUUGGUUAACAAGCGGGAAGCGAGAGUGUGCGACGCCUGUGGCACCAGCCUCGAACACUGUCCCACGUACAUAUAAGCUCUUUGCCUAUUGAUUUAUAUCUAGUCGAGAUGAUAAUAACAGUAGAUGUUGUUAAAAGAAAAACUAUUUAUUUACCAAAAAAAUACAAUAUUGAUAAAGACAUAUAUAGGGACUAUUGUUCUACUCCUUAUAACGUAUGAUUAGAGUGACAUAUCUUACGUUUCUUUUGUGCGAAGCUGUAGACUGUUAGUCCGAAAGAGAAAAGAUGUCAUCAUACGUCUUCUUCGCGCUAAGAAGUGUACUAUAUCGCUGUGCUGCUGUCAUUCUAAUCAUGCUACUCUACAAGGGGUCGACAAGGAUCUUGUGUUACUGGGAUGAUAUUGAUAGGGGGCGCUAGUGUGCAUCAUCUCCAUUAUUUUAUAACAACUGAUAAAAAUCUUCUUUGUUUACCCCUCUUCCCAAUUUCGCUGUCGGGUCUCCUUACACGACUCCGCCAGAGUUCUGGCUUGUUUCUGAACUCAGAUUUUCCAAUCGAAUCUCUUUCUGCAUAUUUGACCACCAGGUAGAAGGCGGUCGGCCUCUUCCAUGCGGUCGAUCAGGUAUGUUUAAGGCCUUGACGGAGUGGUCGUCUUCGCGUCUCAGGAUAUGGCUGAGCCAUCGCAACCGGCUUUCUUUCACCUUUUCCACAGUCGAUGCAACCCUAAAUAACUGGGGGGUUACAAUGGGGCCCUGUGAGGCCGCGCGGGCGAAGCAAUAACAACUACGCUUGAGCGUUUAGGCACAUUUUAGCACGCAGCGGUGAAAUCGGCGAGACGGAGUAGGUUACUGUCGUAUCAGGUAUAGAUAGUUUUGUACCGAAUGAUUUAUCUGUAACAUUAGUAAUCUGUGACGGUAGUUGGAAUCGGUCUAAUAUAAAACAACAUAAUUAUUGUUAAUCCGGGUGCUUUCAAGGUCAGAGUGAACAGGCACCUUCUGGGCGAUCUCGCUCCAUCUUAGGCCUCCAAUGCCUUCGGGCAAGUCUGGGACAAAGUGCAAACCCAUCAAAGGUGAAAAAAAAAUCUACAUCCUGAACGUUUGAAGUCAAAAACUUGACAUUAUGAGAAAGUUUGAGAAAUAUUUUUUUGGAAAUGUUAAGUUUCGAUCUAGAUAUAAAUCAAUAGAAAGGUGCUAUAAUUCUACCAUAAAGGUCUAGCCUACUUCGAAAAGGGCUAUAAAUCGGGUUGCCAAGUAAUUCUAAUCAUUUAUUUUUACAUGGUUAUUUUCUAUUCACCACUAACACAAUUUUUUGCAUGUUUCAUAUAAAAUGAACAUAUAAUGAAAUAUAUCACAUUAUUACGCUUUUGUUAGCAAUUUUUACCCGACUGCGGCGAGUCACAAAGGAGGGUUAUGUCUAGUAUAAUUUGCACAAUGACCUUCGAAAGUUAAGGGUGAAUAAAAAGUAAUGGUAUAUUGUUUAGUUCAGUUGCUGGGUAUUAAAUAAGGGUUUUGUUAAACGAUUGCACAAAUUUGUUGGCGAAUAACCUUUUUCUUCUUUAUAAUGUUGCUAUACUGUAAUAUUAUUCCAUAUCUGUUACUGCGUCUUUUAAAAAGCAUUUAAAUUGUUGUAGUACAUUGACAAGUUAAUAGAGAGUGUGCUUUGGGAAUAAUAAUUCUUGACUCGCACGGGACUUGAACCCGCAGCUCUUGUCAAGACGGGACGAGUGUGUUAACCAUUACACCAUCGAAUGAAAAAGAAGAUCGAAAGAAUUUCACAUGGACAGGAGGAGGACCAGCUAUAAAUAGGAAAAAAAAAGUUUUUUGUAUGGGUACAACUAUGGUUUUUGUGAAUAUUCCAAGUGCCUACCUGUUGCCAUUGAUAUCGGACAAAAAAUGACAAAGGAAUCGCGUUUGUUGUAUAGGAUCUCCCUUAUAAUAUUUAUUUUAUACUUUUUGUAGUAUUUGUUGUUGUAGCGGUGACAGAAAUACAUAAUUUUUGAAAAUUUCAACUGUCUAGCUAUCACGGUUCUUAAGAUACAGCCGGGUGACAGACGGACGGAUGGACAGACAGCGGAGUUUUAGUAAUAGGGUACCUUUUAACCUUUGGGUACAGAACCCUGAAAAUAUAAUUUAUCUACAGAGAUAGGAUGUUUUUAAAAAAGGCCUUGAUGCAGAAAUGUUCUAGUUUAUGAGUCUCUCUCUUGGGUCGGUCCCUCAUGUCUGAGGAUCGUGGUCAGCAUCAGGGUUGCGAGGACCCUUCAUGCUGACUCUCUUGGGUAAAUAGAAGCAGUGGUUUCCCGUUGCCUUCUGCCACAGACAUUUUUGAAGUUAUUUAAACUCCAAAGCCGCUGUUGCCUCUACGGUCGGUUGCCCCACCGGCGGUAUGGUUAUACUGCCAUUGCUCGGUCGCCAGAGCCUCGUCAUUUAUUUAGCAGGGAGAAUUUAUGAGUACAUAUCGUGUAAAUCAUAAUAUUUCGAGCACAAUCUCUAUUAACUUGUCACUCAAUAGUUCUUUCAUGUUGUUUGUUUGUUAAAGUUUUCUCAUGAUUCAUUUUAACCCAAUGAGGAUAAAAACUGCCUAUUUCUCCCGUCAGGUGUCGCUACUGUUGAGUGUUCUUAAAUUUUGACAGUUCCCCAUACUAUUUGAGUAAACAAACAUAUUGUUUUGGUUAUGUUUUUGUACUAUAACACUUCGCGCGAUGUUUAAUUGCAAAAUCAUAGUGUUAUAUUGGCCCCGAUUCCUGCAGACACCUCCUAAUUUUACUUUAAGUUAUACCUGUCAUUUUCUUAUCCGCCGAAAAGGAAAGGGACGGAUGAUUGACAGCUCUUAAUUUUAGGAAGAAUGAGUAAAUGAAUGAAUAACCCGGGCGAAUCAAAAAGGUAUCUCACUGGUAUGCAAUCCGUUUGACGUGCUGUCUACUUAAUUCUGUCGGAUUAUUGGCCCAUGUAAAAUUUUUAGACGGUUGUUUUAGAUUUCUGCUUAAAAUUGACGUGUAAUCCAUAAAUUUUAUGCCGGUCGAUUACCCGUCCCUUUCCUUUUCGGCGGAUGAGAGAGACUAAAGAUGGGAAAGGUGAAAACUUAGAAAAACUUAUUUUCAUCUAAAACUCUUUUUUUUCAACUGAUGGCUUUUCUUUUUUGUAACUGAUCUUUCAGACGGGAUACACUCCGUGUUUUUUCACAUUUUAUAGCAAUUUAUCAGUAUGGAGAACUGUCAAUACUUGUAACACUCAACAGUGCUGCUGCCUACAUUUGAGCUCUAGUUUUUAUCCUCAUUCCUUAUUUAAGUAUUCGGGAUCGCAGUAGUGUUUUAUUUCUAACCUAUCGCUUUGCUACAGGGUAUAGAUUGGUAUAUAUUGGUGUACUAAAGGAACUAGGGGUGGUAUUAAUAAAUUAAUCUCAGCUUCGAGACUGCCCUCAAGAUCAUGUCAGUGUGACAGUUCUCAUAUAAAAACAGUGACUUGAGCAUGAUCUUGGGGGCAGUCUCAGCUGAGAUUCGUUUAUUAAUACCACCCUAGAUACCCGUCCUAUGCCACACGCGAUAUACGUUAUUUAAAACAUAUAUUCAGAAAUACGGUUCAAGUUUAAAUCAGUUGAUUGAUAUUCGAGUGUAUUUUUUGCAUAAGACCCACAUUGUGCUGGGUAUGGUUCUCUUUAUAGAUAAGGAGAGAACUGGUUAUAAAUUUGACACUUUGGCCCAACGAUGGUUGAAGAACAAAUGGUAAAAAACUUUUGCACUAAUAUAAAAAAAAAUCAAUGAUAUUUACUACAAAUUCAAUAUUUAAAAUGAUCAUCGUGUGGUAAGGAGGGGUCAUAAUUUCGUGACUUACAAAAAUAAAUUUUGUUUACCUACGCCACGUUCAGAACAUUAUCAAAAGUCUAAUAAAAAUAAUAUUGUCUCGGAAUUAUAAAAAAAAUAUAUUAUAGUGUUCGUUUAUACGCCUUCUAAAAUGCUUUAAUGUUAGUUGAGAGUUAGAUAACGCUUUUAUUUUGGUUCGUUUUUAGUUAUAUAAAUUAUUGAUCUGUGUAUAUAAUUGUUAGAGUUUGUAAAUAGUAGAUAUUAAAUAAUUUAUUUAUAAUAGGACAGUUUCGGGAGUAUUUAUGUUGAAAAUAAUUGAAACGAUUUAAAAUCAUAGCUGUAUAAAACAUAUAAUAAUAACAUUAUCAUGGGAAAUUGUAACAUCAAAAAGGGUGCAUUUGUUGAAAUAUUGUAAUUUUAUCAUAGUGAGCGUAAAUAUGCACAGAGUAAUAAAUAGAUAUAGAUUAGACGUUUAAAGCACUGAGGACGUGUAUUUUUCUAUAUUAAAGUAGAAUUCAUGUUGCGUUCAUGCAAUACUUAAAAUUGAAUAAUAUUUUAUAUUAAAAAACUACAAGCUACAUAAUAUGGAACAUGAUAUUGUCUAUGCUAAUGUCGCUAUGGUUACGCGGAGUGAACUGUCCAAAGUUACCAGUUCUGUCCGCUUGAAGCAUUCUGUAUGUGAUUGUGGCGCCACUAGCAACUGUUACUUGUUUUAUUAUCUGUAGCUUGUAUGUGUAAUGAUUAGAAUACUCUAUUCGUGCAAUAAAUAAAGACUGUUACGGUCCUAAAUCUCAAAUAUUACAACAAUUUUAAGCUUCGCAUGAACGUAAUUUUUCACAAUAAAUUACAUUAUGGUGGUACAAAUGAUGUCACUGAAAACAGAUUCUAUUGUCAUUGUUUUUAAAGAUAUUUCCAUAAAAGAUUGUUACAUUUAAUGUACAAUUUUUAUAUAACUUUGAAAAUUCAUACUAAUAAUUCAAUAACUAAUCAAAUGAAAGGACGUAUUUUGUCUAUUUUAGUUUGUGGAAUAUUUCAUCUAUAUUAAGGGUCAUUAUAUUACAUUUACAUUAUUUGAAUAGUGUACCACCACUCGCGCUUCGUGUUGAUUUGCGUUUAGUUAAAGACUUCUAAAUUAUCAAAGUAUUAACAGUUAAAAGUGUACCUAUUAAAUUGAAAAAAUAAAUAAUAUUGUUUUAUGA